AUGUGUAUUCGGAAAACAAUAAUUUUAAAGAAGCUUAGUAUUGAGAGUCUCAAAGAGUCUGCAAAGGAAAAGCUUAGACUGCUGAUUGCUAAAAUUAAACAGAAGAACAACAGUCAGAAAGAGAAACUGAAGACUCCUCUUUUUAUUCUACAGGUGUAUUUACAGGAUACAGCCAUGGAAACUUGGUCAGUGGAUCAGGUCUGCAGUUGGCUGGUGGAGAAAAACUUAGGAGAGCUAGUACAUAGGUUUCAAGAGGAAGAAGUAAGUGGGGCUGCUCUCCUAGCACUUAAUGAUCGGAUGGUUCAGCAAUUGGUAAAGAAAAUUGGGCACCAGGCUGUUCUAAUGGAUUUAAUUAAAAAAUAUAAGCAGAAGAGUCAAGAGCUGAAGUCCCCUGGAGAAACAGCCCCGGUCACACAAGCAGAGGAUGAACAGUCCUCCAGUCCAGCCAGUGGUGAGGAGCAGAUGCCAUCUUUCUAUCCAGCUGACAACCUUGAUAACGGAUUAAUUGAUCACAGAGUACUGAAACAGAGAAGGAACGUGAGACACAUUCUAGCAAGGAAUAAAGCCUUACAAUGGACUAAGUCCUACGUCUUACCAGAGUUUCCUUAUGAUGUCAAGUGCAUGCUAGCAGAACAGAAGUGUCCCGAUCACAGCACGAGGAUAAGGAUCAUUGAGUUCCUCCAGGCAGACAUGACCAAGUAUCUGGAAGGCUCACUGUACCCCACCACCCAGCAGUAUAACGACGUGGUCAAUGCCCUACUGCAGGCCCACCCUUUCCUGGAUGAGGACGGCUGUGGCUUUUUUUUAUGGAAACGAGCUCUCAAAGAUCGCUUUAAAUAUGUUCGAAGACCCAUAGAAGAUGAUGAACAAGUGAUGAGAAAUAAGUGUAAAUUUGGACACCGAAGAGGCCAGACAAGGAAAUCUCUUGCUGAUAUAAGAUUUAAUGAAAUUGACACUGUCCAGAUAAAAGAGGAAGCUGUUUGUUUAGAUUCUGAGGUAGAUGAACAUAUUAACUGGUUCCAGCAAGAAUAUGUGAAAACAGAAAAGGACUGGAGAGAAAUUGAUAAGAGGAUGAGCCAGACUUUGGAAAUAAGAAGAAAGUUGAUUGGCGGCAGAACACCUCUGAAGGACGUUCUUAAAAUGUUUCCUUUCCUGCAGUGCCCUUAUCAGCUCUUCAGAGAAUUCCAACUUCUUACAAGAACAGAUAUUUAUAAGAAAAUAAGGCACAUUUUGGAAUCCUAUUCAGAAAAUAUACUGGCUUCUCUUUCUUUGGUGGACAACCCAAUCAAUAUUGCAUUGCAAGAAAAGAUGAAACAGCACACAGAUGAAGACAUGUUGAAACAUAUGAAGAUGACAGCCACUUGUUUACUCCUACCAGAUGUUUUUGGGGAGGAUUCCAGCCUUUUUGUCAUUGUGAAUGACAAGGUGCAAGUGUCCACGCCUGUGCUAGAAGUUAAGAACCCUUUCAACAUGGAUGUCUGUGAAUUUUCUUUGUAUUUAGAAAAAGAGAGACUCACAAAGGUGGAUGACUGUAUUACAGCCUUGGCUGCACUCAUAGCUUCCUUCCAUGUGUUUGGGAUUGAGUGUCCAAGAAGACUGUCUCAAACCCUCAACUUCCUAGAGACACUGAUUUUUGAUGUGCACAGCCCAUAUUCUCCUUCUAUGAAAGAAAAGGAAAAGGAAGUAGGAUUUCAACAUCCAGUCACUUAA